GAAACAAUCAUGGCGGCGGCGGCAGCAGCGGCAGAUAAAUCUACGAAAGAAAGGCUUUUAUCCACUCUGGAUGAUAUAGAAGUUUUAUCCAGAGAGCUGAUCGAGAUGCUGGCGCUGUCCAGGUCACAGAAACUGCCCUCGCCUGGAGAGGACACACUGAUACUGGAGCUGUUAAUACAGAGAGAUAAAGAGUUCCAGGAGCUCAUGCAGACAGCAAUUGAGCAGGGCAGAGUUCACCAGGAGAUGCAAUCACUGGAGAAAGAAGUUGAGAAGAGAGACAGUGAUAUCCAGCAGCUCCAGAAACAACUCAAAGAGGCCGAGCAUAUACUGGCCACUGCUGUCUAUCAAGCUAAAGAGAAGCUGAAGUCUAUUGACAAAGCCAGAAAAGGCAGUAUCUCUUCAGAGGAGAUCAUCAAGUAUGCUCACAGAAUCAGUGCCAGUAAUGCAGUAUGUGCUCCUCUAAACUGGGUUCCAGGUGACCCUCGCAGACCGUACCCUACUGAUCUGGAGAUGCGCAGUGGAAUGCUGGGUAACAUGAGCAACAUGUCCACCAAUGGUGUUAACGGACACCUGCCUGGAGACGCAUUGGCUGCUGGGAGAUUACCAGAUGUACUGACCCCACAGUAUCCUUGGCAGUCCACUGAUGUUUCCAUGGGGAUUUUGCCUCCUCACCAUGGCAACGAUUUUGGCCUAGAGCCGCCUGGUCAUAACAAGGAAAAUGAAGAUGAUGUGGAGGCCAUGUCAACAGAUUCCUCCAGCAGCAGCAGUGACUCUGAUUAAGUGUUAGUGUGUGUGUGUCUGUGUGUUUGUGUGUGUUCAGAGUUUGUCCACCUGUAAAAAAAGUAUGUUGUCGCAGCAAUUUCCGGCUUGUGAAUUUGGAGAUGGAGAUGGCAGCAUAAAAUGCCCUGAGGAGGACCAAACAUGCAGAGGUUCACUCUUAAACAAUCCCUCAUUGGGGCUGGUUGUUUUAACAAUAUGCUUGUUAUUUCCUUCUCUGAGUGCCUACAGUCAUCAUUUGUGUGAAUAAUUUUAUCCCACUGGCCUCAAAUGUCACCAAGUCAUUGUUUUCAUUGUGUGAAGCGUGACGGGCUCGUUUGCAUUUAUUUGCAUUACUGCAAUACAUUUCUGGCGCACUGUUGGAAUAUAAAUAGCAAUGUAAAUACCUCUGAACUUUCAGACUCUGUAAAUAAAACUUUCUUUUUUAAAUUAAAA